GUUAAAACUCAUGCAUGAGGCUGAGAUAAAGCUCUGUGGACUUGUACCGAACAAAAUAAUAACACAGCUUUAACAGGCGUGACGUGCUGUUCUCAGUAUGCAGAGGGGCUUCCAGCUGGGCCUGCUGCUUCUGGUGGUCCAGCUGUUCCAGGAGGGUCUGGGAAACAUCCCUGCAGUCACCCUGACUGUCCUGGGAUUCAAUGUGUAUCUGUACAUGUUCCCUGCUGCUCCUCUAUUGAAGGCGUGUGUGAGCCUCCAACAUGUGUACAGGUAUAAAGAGUGGUGUCGCCUCUUCCUGUCCCCCUUGCACCAUGUUGAUGAUUGGCACCUCUACUUCAACAUGGUGUCCCUCCUCUGGAAAGGCAUCAAGCUGGAGCCAAGUCUGGGUGCAGCCUGGUUCCUCUACCUGCUGUCAGUCUUCUUUCUGCUCACCGGACUGGUCUAUCUGCUGCUGCAGGCGCUGAUGACAAAACUCACUGAGGAUUCAGAUCCAUUUCUAGGAUUCAUAGACGUGUUUUCUCACAGCAACGAGUGUGCUGUUGGCUUCUCAGGCGUCCUGUUUGCUCUGAAGGUGGUCGGUAACCAUUACAACCCAGGCGGUGUGACCUACGUGUUGAAUAUCCGUGUGUCCAAUCGCUUUGCCAGCUGGGUGGAGCUGGUACUGAUCUAUCUAAUCAAUCCUGGGACUUCUCUGGUUGCCCACCUGGCAGGUAUCCUGGUGGGUCUGCUCUACACUGUGGGUCCACUGAAGACCAUCAUGGAGACGUGUGCAGAGUUUGUAUCUUCAGAUGUAACUAUUCCACGGCCAAGUUCAUACCACAGCUCUUCAGGUGCUUCAGGCUACAGCGGGACUAGGCGAGGAAACUCAGAAGAGCCACGACACGCAGAAGACUCUACAACAGAUCAUACGUCUGAUUAUACAGAAUCUUACAUCGCAGGACUGACGGAGGAAGAGCAGAUAGAACUGGCCGUCAGAAAAAGCCUGAAUCAAAGAGGACAAACCGGGCAGAGAGGAACUGCACGUCUCCCUCACGGUUCCCAGCCCAGCGAUGAGGAGCUGAGUCCUGAGGAGCUGCUCAGGAGGAGGAGACUGAGGAGGUUUGAUCAGGGAUUUUCCAACCAGAAGAAGACGAGACUCUAGAGGCAGAAUGAGAAGACACUGUGACAGUAUCUCAUAUCUUCAGUAUCUUACCUGCAGUCCAUUCCAGCCGUGAUGUCGGUGUCCAGUGUUGUGAUUCACUGACUGUUGCUCGGAGAGCUGCUUCCAUCAGGCUGUUUCUACUUUGUGAUUCCAUAACUCUCAAAGACUUUCAGCCUUUGUUGAAAAACCCAACUUUUGGCUUCCAUUUUAACUGAAAAGCUGGGUUGGCAUCAAGGACACUGCACUUUCUUGGUUUUAUUUCUACCUUUUAGACAGAACCUAUUCAGUCACCAUAGGUAAUCAUGAGUCUUGCACAACUUGCAUUACCUGUGGUGAACCGCAAGGUUCAAUUUUAGGUCAAUUUUGGAUGGCACAACAUUUUUUACAAUUCCACUGAACCCCAUCAGUUCCUUUCAGAAGGCUCUUGGUCCCUGGUCCACAAAUGUGCUACCCACGGCCAGAAAUCUCAGAGCACUGUUUGAUUCACACCUGACCUUCGACCACCAUAUCUUAAAAGGUGUCCUGUCCUGCUUCCUUCAAUUAAGAUCCAUCUCCAAAAUAAAAUCAAGCCCCUCAUUUCACAACCCGAUCUGGUAAAAGUCAUUCACGCAUUCAUCUUCUCAAAACUGGACUAAUGCAACUCCCUCCUCUCUGGCACAAAUCAAAAGUCACUCUCCAAGAUUUUACUGAUCACUUUUAAUGCACGCCAGGGCGCCGAGCUACAUUACAGAGUUAACAACCCCAUAUGAGCCAAUACGCAGCCUGAGAUCCUCAGGCAGGGCCCUUCAGGCCAAAGUCGAGACUUAAAUCUAAAGGUGACUGUGCUUUUUCCAUCAGGACCCCUCGACUUUGGAACGAGGAGAUAAGGCAGAAUCAGUGACUUCUUUUAAAUCACUUCUUAAAACCCAUUUUUAUAGACUUGCUUUUAUGUGAUGUCGUCUUUUUAU